CGCAUUUCCACAUUGCUUGCCCCUUAUCAUCGGCAAUAGACGGAAUAUUGUAACAGGUCAUUUUAACAUAGGGGUAGUCUCGUUUCCCCCCAGGUUUUUAUCGAUCGCGCGUGCUCAAAGUGACGGGCCUCCACGAUUUUAUAGAACGCAUGGAACCGCCACGGUUGGACCGGCGAAGGAUCAAAGGUUGCAAACCGUAAUGCACUAUUCGCUGAAACUAUACGAUACUUUUGCACAGUAUACGCUCGAAGCAACGAAGCUCGACGACCUUACGGCAGUGGCACACGAGCUGCCGCCUCGAGAGGUGGUCGCGAUCGGCAUACGGGCAACGAGUACGCGCGUAUUUCACGCCAUUGUCACAGUUGGCUUGUACUUUAAGCAGUGAUACAAGUGUCUCAGUGAUUCAGCAGCGAGUUCUUAGAAUCUCGAAGGAAAUCACUCGGUAGUCUUUCUUCGACUCGUUGUCGAUCGAUCGUUCGGAGCGUCGCGUUGCGAAAUUUCGAAACAUCAUCGCGCAAUCUUCGUACAGAGAAGUAUAGGAAGAAUGAGAUCUCGUUGACGACGCGAGCAAGAGUUGGAAUUGGCUUUGAUCUGACGACUAAUUGCUUCUUUGAUUCAAGGAACGAAAAGAAAAUGAUCAUCGAACAGACAGGCAUGAAAAUGAACGCGUACGUGCUAUUCUUGACGUUCUUAAUUAGCCACGUUUACGCGCGUGACGUUGACUUUUGUUUCGCGGACGAGGAUGAUCCCUAUUUGUACAUGGCUACUAAAACUGCCUAUCACUUUGUUCACGCCGAUAAAACUCAGUCUCAGACUGUGCCCAAUUGCCGCGCGGAGCAAGUUUGGAUGUUUGCUACGCACGGCACACGAUGCCCAUCUGAAGCGGAAAUCAUCGAAAUGCACAAAUUGACAGACCUCCAGACUCAGAUAAUCAACAACCACGAAGUUCGAGGCAACGGCCACAUGUGCAACAGGGAUUUGGAAAAUUUGAAACGCUGGAAACCGGACGCGUACCUCGCAAUUGAAAGGGCGGAAGUUUUGACACCGCAAGGUGUGGAAGAUAUGAGGUUGCUUGCCAGACGAUUGCAAAGCAAUUUCCCGCAGCUUCUUCAGCCGAACAGCGUCAAGUAUAUAACGGCGGAAAAUUACACGUUUAAAACAACCGAUGCACGCGAAGGCAGCGUUGAUUCGUUCAUAGAGGGAUUGUUCGGCAACAGAGAGGCGGUAUCUGUAGAUGAAGUUGAUGCCAGAAAUGAUACCUUGCUAUCGCUAUAUAAAACCUGCAACGUAUGGGAUGAUGAACGUGGCAACGUCACCCUCGAGCAGGUAAUUAUGUUCGAAGAAGGGCCGCAGUUUAAAAAUCUGAUACAGAACGUCAGCCGCCGACUCGGAUUUUUGUACGACAUUACCAAAGAGUCGGUCCUGGCGAUGUACGACGUGUGUCGUUACGAAAAGGCCUGGACAGUGACGGCACUUUCUCCUUGGUGCGCCGUUUUCAGCAAGGAGGAGCUUCGUGUGCUCGAGUAUCGCGAGGAUCUCCACUAUUAUUACAAGGCCGGAUAUGGACGUGAAAUCAACGCGCAGCUAGGAUGCAUGCUUUUGCAAGACAUGAUGAAUCACUUUUGGAAACUGGAGCAAAACGGAGACUCGAACGAGCCGAACGGUGUAUUCUACUUUAGCGACAUUAUAAAUCUGCAGAACCUGCUGACCACGUUGAACAUUAACAAAGAUCACACGCAGCUGACCGCCUUUAAUUACAACGACAUGGAGAAACGUAAAUGGCGAACGUCUUUCAUGUCGUCUUUCGCCGCGAAUCUCGUCGCCGUGUUCUACAGAUGCGACAUUAGCGGCCAACCGAACAAAGUAAUGUUUUACUUGGCUGAGAAGCCGGUCAUGCUCGACGGAUGUAAGGUGGGCCUCUGCGACUGGGAGUAUUUGAAGCAAAGGUUCAACCCGGUUCUUAGACAGUGCGAUCUGAACGCCUGCUGGAACGGAAACGGCGUUGCCACUUUCGCUGCCAGCCUCGUCCUGGUCCUUCUCUCGUGCUUCUCUCUAGUCUUCAUGUCUGAUAAUUCUCGUUAACAUGCUCGAUUGUGCAGUGCAUCGCGCUGGAAUUACAGUUAAUGAAGUAUUACGUAGAAUAGCUGAUAGGGAAAUUGAAAGCAAGAGAUUGUUAGUAAAACUAAACUUUCCUCGUUUCAAUUCAAGGGACGUUACAAAAGUUACCAUGACACUACCGAUUUACCUGCUGGCGUUUCAGCACGUAAAUUAUUUGAGCUACUUGUCCAGCAACAUCGUGCAACCUAUCAACGAUCUUCUCCAGAGGAACAAAUUCGCGGAUGUGCAAUUCGUCGUGCAAAAUCCUCACGGCCGGUCGGAUCACGGAGCAGUCGACGAGAUUUACAAAACCGUGUCGCGAGUUAUACCAACCAGUUGCAUCUCGUUGAACGACUCGAUUCCUCCGCAGUUGUCCUCCUUUCGCGCGUCCCGAGCAACGUUAAUUCUGUACGUCUACAUCGCGAGAGCUUCGCCAGAUUUCGAGGAAACGGGAAACAUUACGGCCGAGAUUAUGGGGAACAAUCGACCAAAGGUUCUGCUGAUAACCAUGCUGGAGCAACAAAAUUGCAACUUCGAACAGUUUUUGGAGCAAACGUGGCACAGCUAUCUGAUCGACAUGACGAUUCUAGAGUUGUCGGGGCCGAAUGGAUCGGCAGUCGAUGGUGCGAAGGUUCAUUGGUACAAUCCGUUUACGCAUGUCUACGACCAGCGGCCAUACGCUUCCGGUGUAGAGUGGUUCCCGAACAAAGUGGCGAAUCUUCACGGUUACCCGAUGAGAGUAGCUGUGGUAAAUCGUACAGCCUACAUAUGGUUCCUGAAGAAUUCGCAAUACCCUAUAAAAUACAAAGGCCCGGACGUGAAAAUGUUGAAAACGCUUGCUCAGUCUAUGAACUUCACGAUCGCGCCGCUUCCUGACGUACAACCAAUCGACGCUAUAAUUCAUGGAAAAGCCGACAUAAUAAUUCCGACGUUGUCAAUUUACGCGGACAACAACUCUAGAAUGAUCGAGUAUACUUUGCCGCUUGACUUCGAAAACUGGUGUCCGGUAAUACCACUCAAGUACGAGUACAACAAUUUCGAGGGGCAAGCACUCGUCGGUAUAGCCACAAACUGCUGCAUCGUUCUCGUGUUCUGGGCGAUAUCGGCUGUGCUGAAGUUUGACAAAGACAUGUGGCAACCGUUGAAGAUCUUCGGUUUGUUGAUAGCCAUCGCUAUUCCGUCGAAGCCGACGAAAACGAGAGAGAGAGUUAUAUUCUUCGCGGUGAUAAUCGCUUCGUCGAUCUACUCGGCAAAUUUGUUCGUCGAUCUCACCACCAUGAGCAUGAGGGAGAAAACUGAAGUGGAUUACAAGACGUACGAAGAGCUGGACAAGUCCGGACUGAUUCCCGUUAUCUCGCCUGGUAUUUUCGACGCGACCUUCCUCAGCGACGACGAAUCGUUUCUCCGGUUGAAGAGGAAGGCGGUCACAGACACUGCUAUCGGCCAAUGCCUAGAUUAUUUGGAUCAACGUCAGAACGUCACUUGCUUCACGGACUUGAAUAGCGCAAACAUGAUCAUUUACUGGCAGGCGCGGCUUGGUAAGGUUACCGCGAAAGUUUCUGAAAAUUUGUGUUACCUGAAACUGCCGAUCGCGUACUUCCUGAGCAAAUACUCACCGUACAGGGAUCGGUUCGUGGACAUCACAACGCGUUUGGAGCAAACAGGUAUACGCAGGAAAUGGAUCAACGAUUACGUCGGCAAAGUUCGGCCGAAAAAGGCCAACAAAAUGGAGAUUAGUCUGUACAAAUCGUCGCUCGUGUCGAACCUAACUUGGAUCACUGGCUGCGGAUUGUUAGUAUCCCUUCUAGCAUUUCUGGGGGAAAUUAUAAUGCACCGCGCCGAGUCUGUUCGAAGUUUACGCAACUAG